GUUCCAUUCCCGGGGUGGCGCCGCUCGGACUCCGCGUCCCAGCAUUCCCUGCACCAGCCCGGGAGCACUUCCGCCCUGUUGUGAAGUGGGUGUCUCGAGCUUUGGGGAGCAGUCCCUUUUCUAGGAGCCUCUUGAAGGACUCACCAUAGAUGCAGGAAGACAUUGGAUGAGGACAGCACAGCUGAAGUGAGGCGUCUAAGGUAGACAAUGGCUGUGGCCCUGGAAUCGCAAGCCCAGGCGUCUCUGCAGCCAGAGCCUGAAGAACUCCUGAUUGUGAAACUGGAAGAGGACUCAUGGGGAUCAGAAUCCAAACUCCGGGAGAAGGACCGCGACUCUGUCUCCAGCCCAGAGGCCUCCCGCCGGCGCUUCAGGCAAUUCCAAUACAGGGAUGCAGCUGGACCCCAUGAGGCCUUCAGCCAGCUCUGGGCUCUUUGCUGUCGUUGGCUGAGGCCGGAGAUCCGUCUCAAAGAGCAGAUCCUGGAGCUGCUGGUGCUGGAGCAGUUCCUGACUAUCUUGCCUAGGGAGGUCCAGACCUGGGUGCAGUCACGCCACCCUGAGAGUGGUGAGGAGGCUGUGGCCCUGGUGGAGGAUUGGCACCGAGAGACCAGGACUGCAGGACAGCCGGAACUGGAAUUGUAUACAGAAGAGACCAGGCCCUUAAAGACAGGGGAAGAAUCUCAGAGCUUCCAGCCGCAGCCAGUGGAUCCCUGGCCUGAGGGACAGUCCCAGAAGAAGGGGGUGAAGAAUACAUGCCCUGACCUUCCCAAUCAUCUAAAUGCCAAGAUGGCACCACAGCCUUUGAAAGAGAGUGCUGUCCUCACUCCCCGAGUCCCUACUCUCCCAAAGAUGGGGAGCGUUGGAGAUUGGGAGGUGACAGCUGAGUCCCAGGAAGCCCUGGGCCCUGGCAAACAUGCUGAGAAGGAGCUCUGUAAAGAACCCCCAGGAGACGACUGUGGGAACAGCGUGUACCUGGGAGUUCCAGUUUCAAAACCAAGUAUCACCUCUGAGAAAGAGCAAGGACCAGAGUUUUGGGGUCUAAGUCUUACAAAUUCUGGGAAAAGGAGCGCUGCAGCUUACAGCCCGGAUAAUGAGCCAGCUCAGGCAUUGACCUGGAGGGAUUCAAGAGCCUGGGAGGAACAAUACCAGUGGGAUGUGGAGGACAUGAAGGUGUCAGGUGUUCACUGGGGCUAUGAGGAGACCAAGACUUUCCUGGCAAUUUUGAGCGAGUCUCCUUUCUCUGAAAAGCUCCGGACUUGUCACCAGAAUCGCCAGGUAUAUCGGGCCAUAGCAGAGCGGCUAAGGGCAAGGGGCUUCCUGCGGACACUGGAGCAAUGUCGCUACAGGGUCAAAAACCUCCUACGGAAUUACCGGAAAGCCAAGAGCAGCCGCCCACCAGGUACCUGCCCCUUCUAUGAGGAGCUGGAGGCCCUGGUCAGGGCUCGGACAGCCAUCAGAGCCACAGAUGGCCCAGGAGAGGCCUUGGCACUCCCCAGGCUCGGGGAUAGUGAUGCAGAGAUGGAUGAGCAGGAGGAAGGGGGCUGGGAGCCUGAAGAAAUGGCAGAAGACUGUAACGGUGCUGGCCUGGUCACUGAUGAGUCUACCCAGGCGCCCAGGAUUGCAGGGGCCCCAGCCCUGUUCCAGAGCCGUAUUGCAGGUGUGCACUGGGGCUAUGAGGAGACCAAGGCCUUCCUGGCAAUUCUCAGUGAGUCCCCAUUCUCGGAAAAGCUUCGCACCUGUCACCAGAACAGCCAGGUGUACCGGGCCAUCGCAGAGCGGCUGUGUGCUCUGGGCUUCCUGCGGACACUGGAGCAGUGUCGCUACAGAUUCAAAAACCUCCUUCGAAGCUACCGGAAAGCCAAGAGCAGCCACCCACCAGGGACGUGUCCUUUCUAUGAGGAACUGGACUCACUGAUGAGGGCUCGGACUGCAGUCAGGUCCAUGGGGACCGUCCGGGAGGCUGCAGGUCUCCCUAGGUGUGGGCAGAGUAGUGCUGAGACUGAUGCCCAGGAGGCCUGGGGUGAGGUGGCCAAUGAAGAUGCUGUCAAACCUCCAACCUUGUGUCCUAAAGCCCCAGACAUGGGUUUUGAAAUGAGGCAUGAGGAUGAAGACCAGAUUUCAGAGCAGGACAUUUUUGAGGAUUUGCCUGGAGCCUUAUCAAAAUGUCCUACAGAAGCUGUUUGCCAGCCUCUUGACUGGGGAGAAGACAGUGAAAAUGAAAAUGAAGAUGAAGGGCAGUGGGGAAAUCCUUCACAGGAACGGUGGCAAGAAAGUUCUUCUGAAGAGGACUUAGAAAAACUUAUUGACCAUCAAGGCCUGUACCUUGCGGAGAAAUCCUACAAGUGUGACACAUGCAUGAAGAGCUUCAGUCGGAGCUCCCACUUCAUCGCCCACCAGCGAAUCCACACAGGUGAGAAGCCCUACAAAUGCCUUGAAUGUGGAAAAAACUUUAGUGACCGCUCUAACCUCAAUACCCAUCAGAGAAUCCACACUGGAGAGAAGCCCUAUAAAUGCCUUGAAUGUGGGAAAAGCUUUAGUGACCACUCUAAUCUCAUCACUCACCAGAGAAUCCACACGGGGGAAAAGCCCUAUAAAUGUGGAGAAUGUUGGAAAAGCUUCAACCAGAGCUCAAACCUUCUGAAACAUCAGAGAAUCCACUUGGGAGGAAAUCCUGACCAGUGUAGUGAGCCCGGGGGAGACUUUGCCCAAAGCCCAUCUUUUAGUGCUCACUGGAGGAAUUCUACAGAGGAGACGUCUCCUGAACAACCUCAAAGUAUCAGUAAGGACUUGAAUUCUCCUGGACCACACAGCACAAACUCAGGGGAGAAACUUUAUCAGUGUUCUGAAUGUGGAAGAAGCUUCUCUAAGAGCUCUGCCCUCAUUAGUCACCAAAGAAUCCAUACAGGAGAGAAACCAUAUGAAUGUGCCGAAUGUGGGAAAAGCUUCAGUAAGAGCUCCACCCUGGCCAACCACCAGCGCACCCACACUGGAGAGAAGCCGUAUAAAUGUGUGGACUGUGGGAAGUGCUUCAGUGAGCGCUCCAAGCUCAUUACACACCAGAGAGUACACACAGGAGAGAAGCCCUACAAAUGCCUUGAGUGUGGAAAAUUCUUCCGUGACCGUUCUAACCUCAUUACUCACCAGAGGAUUCAUACGGGAGAGAAGCCGUAUAAGUGCAGAGAGUGUGGGAAAUGCUUUAACCAGAGCUCCAGUCUUAUUAUUCACCAGAGAAUCCACACAGGGGAGAAACCCUACAAGUGCACAGAGUGUGGCAAAGACUUCAACAACAGUUCCCACUUCAGUGCUCACCGGAGAACCCAUGCAGGAGGGAAGGCAUCGUAGGGGACAGUUUUCCCAACAACAAAAGAGGACUCAGUGUGUAUAUCUUAUAUCAUAAGAUGUAUGCUAGAGAGAAACUUUCCAAUAUUUAAGCUUGGUGUGUACCCAGGGAAGUUAUCUAGGUAUAAACCAGGUAAUUUGGAAGUGAAUUACAAAUACUAAGGAUCCAGAUUUGAAGGCACUUUGCUUAAGUGUAAUUUGUUUUUCUUCUGUAAAGACCCACACGGAAUCCUCAGACUGUCCUUGUAUUUGCUGUCAUGUAAGAACUAUGUCAGUAUUUGAGCCAAACUGGCAACUUAGGAGAUUAGAGUUAAAUCAGUGGUCUUGAGCAGUGAUUCCAAGCUCUCACUGUGCCUUCACACUGUCCAUGUGUAAUCCAGCCCAUCAGCAGUGGUUCUCGUACUUUCUUAGUGGGGGCAUAUCCUUGGGAGAAUGUUGAGAUUCUGGUGAGAGAGGAGUUGGCCUAGAGCAGGCCACUGUGAGCUCAGCACAGAGUAGGAAGAACGGUGACAUCGUUACAGAAUCAUUAAUAGCAGCAAUGGCUGGUGUUUAUUGAGCUGUUGCUCUUUGGCAAGCUCUGUGCUAAGAACUUUGUAUACAUCAUCUCAUUUAAUCUUCACAACAGCCCCAGGAGAUAACUACUAACUUUCUCCCUAUUUCCUAGAGGCUUGGAAAAUUAAGUAACUUGCACUGGUCACACAUCUGUAAGUGGGAGAGGCAGGAUUCAACAGAUCUGUCUGUCUUGAGUCUGUCGUGCUCUUAUUGCUAUAAUGAGUUCCUAUUCAUGUUAGGUAGCUUAGGGGCCAGAAUCUCAAUGCACUUUGUAGACACACUUCCUGUUAUAAAAUUUCUACAUUUUGAAUUUUUUAAACAAAUAUGGAAAUUGAGAAUCCCUAAGGAUUAAAGGACUUGGGAUAUUCAGAAUUGGUGAAAUGAUUUGAGCAAGGAUGAGCUAUUAUCAAAAUACUUGAUGCGAGUUUCCAUCUUCUCAAUAAUAUGGGUGAGAGAUAUAGGUGGGUUGAGAUUGGGAAAAA